AAAGCCUCCUCCAGGUAUUUGACUAUCUUCUGUCAUCUAACAUGCUUUCUAUCUAUCUUCCAGAAACGAUCUACAAACAAUAUGGAUUGGGGAAGUCUUUAUGAAAUCAUUGGAGGAGUCAACAAACAUUCCACCAGCAUCGGCAAAAUCUGGCUCUCUGUGCUCUUUAUAUUCCGUAUUAUGAUCCUGGUGGUGGCUGCAGAGAGCGUCUGGGGCGAUGAACAGAAAGACUUCAUCUGCAACACCUUACAGCCCGGGUGCAAGAAUGUUUGCUAUGAUCACCACUUCCCAGUCUCUCAUAUCAGGCUCUGGUGCCUUCAACUCAUUUUUGUAGCCACACCGGCACUGCUGGUUGCUAUGCAUGUGGCCUACCUGAAGCAUAAAGAAAAAAGACAACUACAGAAGAGCGGACAGUGUGAUGAAAAGAACUUGGAAGCCCUGAAGCAGCGUAAAAUUAGAAUUGUAGGUACGUUGUGGUGGACCUACACUGUCAGCAUUGUGUUCAGAGUCAUAUUCGAAGCUGCUUUCAUGUACCUCUUCUACUUCCUCUACACUGGUUUCCAUAUGCAGCGUCUAGUGAGAUGUUCAAACUGGCCUUGUCCCAAUCUGGUGGACUGUUUCAUUUCUCGGCCUACUGAAAAGACCGUAUUUACCUUCUUCAUGGUUAUUGUCUCCGGCAUUUGUAUGGUCCUCAACGUGGCAGAGCUAUGCUAUCUCAUCAUCCAGGCCUCAUUGAGAAGAUCCAGGAAAAAUGCCAGGAAGCACAUGAACCAUAUUAGCGGGCCAGAAGAGAAGCAGAACAUGUUAAAUGAGCAGAAGGAGCAAUAA